GUUUAAUUUUGUGAGUUCGACCCGUUCUAAUGCACUUCUAUAAAAGUUAAAAGAGGAACCAAACCCUAGCACUUUGCUACUGGCACUGCGCGCUUCCGCACGAUGGGUGCCUACAAGUAUGUCUCCGAGCUUUGGCGCAAGAAGCAGUCCGAUGUUAUGAGAUUCUUGCAGCGGGUGAGGUGUUGGGAAUACCGCCAACAACCAUCAAUUGUUCGUCUGACAAGACCUACUCGCCCAGACAAGGCUCGCCGCUUGGGUUAUAAGGCCAAACAAGGUUAUGUGGUUUACCGUGUGCGUGUUAGGAGGGGUGGCAGGAAGAGACCAGUUCCCAAAGGUAUUGUUUACGGUAAGCCAACCAACCAAGGUGUUACUCAAUUGAAGUUUCAACGCAGCAAGAGGUCCGUUGCUGAAGAGCGAGCUGGAAGGAAGUUGGGUGGCCUCAGGGUCCUCAAUUCUUACUGGGUGAAUGAGGACUCAACCUACAAAUAUUUUGAGAUCAUUCUGGUGGAUGUUGCCCACAGUGCUGUAAGAAAUGAUCCAAGAAUUAACUGGCUCUGCAAUCCAGUCCAUAAGCACAGGGAACUUCGUGGCCUCACUUCUGCUGGGAAAAGUAACAGGGGUUUACGUGGCAGAGGACAUCUAUACCACAAAAAUCGUCCAUCACGCAGGGCAACCUGGAAGCGAAACAACACUCUUUCUCUUCGUCGUUACCGCUGAUUUUAUUACUGUUAUGUUAUCUUGCUUAAUUUUCUGAAAAUUUGGAGUGCAUUAUAUAAGACAAAUUUAUCAGUUUUGAACGCCCGAAUCAUCCUCUUUUUUCAACCCCGAACCCCGUUUUAGUAGCUAAACUGGAGAGAUUAAUGAUGUCGGAUUUUUGCUAUUGGUUGGUAUAUUGAUUUUGUGGUACUACAUCUUUGCAA